AUGAAAAUUACACAUGUUAAUGAAAUCAUUAUAUUUUUAAUAUUGGUAUCAUCCAUUAGUAAAAGAGUAUAUAUUCCAAUAUAUAACAAGAUUGUACACGGUGAUGAUCUAUUAGUUUUAUUCUUUGGAAUGGUAUUUUUCUAUGGAGUGGAAUCUAAAAAUUGUUCAGAAGCUCUUGCUCCUUAUUUCGACGGUGGAAAUCAUUUAGUUCAAUUUUCAGCUGUUUUAAGAAAUGGUACUGUGAUCUACACAAAACAGAUGCUAUACAGUUAUUAUAGUACACUUACCAAUGGAGAUCCUUUCAAAGUAGUCAGAAAUGAUUUUACAUCUUGCAACGAUAACUUGAUUCAACCAUUCUCUGUCGAAAAACAACAGAUUAGUUUCUACGAUGCUCAUGGUAUUGUUCUAUACAAAACUGGUGCUGUCAGUAUCAGUCCACUAUGGAAAAUAGAAAAUGAUACACAAUAUUCAUUCAACUUGAUAUGUCCUGACAACAGUCAAGUUCUCUACGCAUUCAGUCAAGAUAAUUAUUUUUCAUUCUAUUUCGGAGAAAAUUUCUAUGAUAAUAAGAUGAGUAAAUUUCAAUUAGCAAUUCCAAAACGUUUCGAUGAGAUCUCGAAAUUCCUCACAGACUACAUCCAUGAUCAUCCCUACAAGUCCGCUCAAAUCGCAUUGAUGCUCGGUUGGAUCGGUUUCAAACAGAUCGUAAAGAAAUACCGUUCAAUCAUUCCAAACAAUACUUUUAUUGAAAUAGAUCUUGCCAAUCUACUUGCUGUUACCACACCUUUAACUUCAAUUGAACAAUGGCUUGAACCAGCAUCACUAUACUUUAGGGAUAUUGUAGAUGGUAUUCGUAAGGCUGCAGAUGAUCCCAAGGUCACCGGUUUGAUCUUCCGUAUUGGAACACACUUUGCCAUGUCAUUCGCCCACAUUCAAGAGAUUCGUGAUGCCGUACGUUACAUGAGAUCCAAAGGUAAGAAAACAUUGUUCUACGCUGAUUCCUUUGGUGAAUUUAGCAAUGCAAACAUUACCUAUUACUUGGCAUCUGCAUUUGAAACAAUCUAUAUGUCACCAGUUGGUUCUUUAUGCAUUGUAAAUUGGGGAAUUGAUGCUCCAUUCAUCAAGAAAACUUUAGAAAAACUUGAAAUUGUUCCAGAGUUUUUAAGAAGAAGGGAAUUCAAAUCUGCUGCUAAUAUGUUCACAGAAGAAAAGAUGACUCCAUCGGAAAGAGAAUCAAUGCAAUCGAUUUUAGAUAGUUUGUUCAAUCAAAUGACAGAGGGUAUCGCUCAGGAUAGAAAUCUUUUGGUGGAUGAUGUCAGUCGUUACUUUGCGUCUGGUCCAUUCACCGCUGCUAAAGCAGAGAGUUUAAAGUUGAUCGAUAAACUAGCUUACUUACCGGAUGCCUACGAUGAAAUCAAGGGAGUGCAACCCGCAGCAGCAGCAGCAGAGAAGACUGCCAAACAAAGAAAAUCACCAAAGGUCAAUACCAUCUUUUUGACCAAGUAUUUGUCGUUGACUGGUAGACUCAAUGCACCUGGAAAUUCGAAAAAGAAUCGUAUUGCCUAUAUCAAUGCAGAGGGUGCAAUCAGCUGUGGUAAAUCGCUGACAAAGAUGAAUGGUGGUCCAACUAUCGGUGCUGAAUCACUCUCGUUGGCAAUUAGAGCUGCAGUACUCGACAAGACUAUCAAGGCAAUUAUUAUUCGUGUUGACUCACCGGGUGGAAGUUAUCAAGCGAGUUGCAUCGUUCACUUCGAGAUCGAGCGAGCAAAGAAGGCUGGAAAGAAGGUGAUUGCUCUGAUGGGAUCGGUCGCUGCAUCCGGUGGUUACUUUAUCUCUUGUAAUGCCGACAAGAUUGUCGCUCAACACGGUACCAUUACCGGUUCGAUUGGUGUACUUCUUGGUAAAUUGAAUAUUAGAAAACCACUCGAGAAAAUCGGUGUUUCCUUUGACAAUCUCAAGAUCAAUGAGCGUGACGAUACCGUCGGUGACAACAGUAACUUGUUCUCCAGUCUUUACAACUACAGCGAGGCGCAACUUAAUACUCUCAACCAUGAACUCGAUGAAAUCUACGGUGAUUUCAAAUCAAAGGUUGCCCAAGGUAGAAAUCUCAGUAUGGAGCAAGUCGAGGAGGUUGCACGUGGUCGUGUCUGGUCUGGACAACAGGCUUUCGAGCGCAAGUUGGUCGACAGAAUCGGUGGACUCAACGAGGCAAUCGAAGAGACCAAAGAGUUGCUCAAACUCGGAAAGGACGACAAGGUAGAGUUGAUUCCAUUCCCAAGAGACAAUCUAAUCAAACAGUUGCUCUCAUCAUCGGCACCAUACAACUCCGAUGAACUCGAUAAAAGAGGUGUCCCACUUGGUAUCUCUGCCAGCUCUGUUGGAAUAAGCACACUCGCCACACCCAUCAAAAUGAUUGGAACCAUCUUUUCACUUUUCAAUCAUUCCUCAUCCCUAUUACCAGGACAAAUCAUGUCAUGGCUAAAGAGAGAAUCCAACAGACAACAUAUUUCACUUGAAAUGGAUUCAUCUGUACAAAAUUUCUUAUAA